AUGUCCGUUCAAGAAACCCGCCCAGAAGAGAACGGUACAGAACCCCAGGAGGCGAAGCCGCAAACCCCAACACUCAGCGAACUCCUCUACGAAGCCAUCUCAGAAAACAACCUCGACGACGCGCGCGCAGCCCUCGAACGAGGCGCCGACCCAAACGGCGAAGAUGAAUGCUUCUCAACCGACGGCGUCUUCCAGCUCGCCGAGACCAAAGAAAUGAUCACCCUCCUCUACGACCACGGCGCAAAAGUGCACAAAUUACACAUGAAAGAGCCAGCUCGGAGUCUCCUGGUCGGACUAUCCGGCGCCGACGACGAAGACGACAUCCUCGCGCGCCUGACUAGAGAACAGUACGACGCGGGCUCUGCGCUCCGCUUCGGCACGGCGAACCCGCAUAAGAUGGACGUCGCAUUUUGGAACGUGAUGGUGGAGGCGAGGUGCUGGGCGUACUCUGCGAGGCAGAAGUUUCGUCGCGAGGGCGAGGGCGCCUUCGGGACUGCUCCGGUGUGGUGCUUCGACCGGUUCGGUCACUCGCUGACGAAGCUGCCGGAUGGGGGGUUCGUGCAGAUUGCGGGCGAGCAUGAGGACUUUUAUGACCCGGAUUUUGCGAUUUAUAAUGAUGUCGUCGUGCAUCAUGCUGAUAGUACGGCUGCGAAUCCCAAGUUCGAUAUUUAUGGGUAUCCAGAGGACGUAUUCCCGCCGACAGACUUUCACUCUGCGACGUAUGUGCCGAGUCAGAAUGCGAUUUACAUUAUUGGGAAUAAUGGGUAUUCUACUGAGGUAGAUGUGAAACAAAGAAAUGAGGGCGUGACACCGGUGUACCGCCUUGAGGUUGGGACGUGGAAAAUCCAAAAGAUGGAGACAACAGGUGAUGCUCCCGGAUGGAUAUACAAACACCAAGCCUCGCUUGAAGGGCAGGAUAUUGUCGUUGGGCCGGACCUAGACGAGUAUCUUUCGGAUUCAACCAGUUAUAAGAGAGCCCAAAGGUAUAAAGUAGUGGAGGACGGGGAGGCCGAAUUGGUUGAAAUACAAUGA